AUGACAACAAGAUCUCGAAACAACAUUGUGAAGCCGAAUCCAAAGUAUGGUUUGACAACAGAACUUGCUCCAUACGUCGAGCCACAGACAAUCACUCAGGCUCUGGCUGAUGACCGCUGGCGCAAGUCUGCAACUGCAGAGUUCAAUGCUCAGGUUGCUAACAACACUUGGGAUCUAGUUCCAGCUGAAGAAGCGACAAAUCUUGUUGGCAACAGAUGGAUCUUCAGGUACAAAUAUAAUCCUGAUGGGACUGAGAAAUCACUGAAAUCCAGACUGGUAGCAAAAGGAUAUCACCAACGUCCAGGAAUAGACUACCAUGAGACCUUCAGCCCCGUCAUCAAAUCUCCAACAAUCCGACUUCUCCUUGGUCUUGCAGCAAAAUAUGACUGGCCUCUCAAGCAACUCGACAUCAACAAUGCCUUUCUUCGGGGCACUCUUAAUGAAGUUGUAUACAUGGUUCAGCCAUCAGGGUUCCGACAAAGAUAA